AUUUUUAAAAUCACCCUCUGCCGGCUAAGGUGGAACGUUAAAGCGUUAAAAUUGUAUAAUCUGCGUGUGCAGGAACAAAUGCACAAGUGACCUACACUUUUCAUUCAAGCGGCCUCCAUGAACAACUUGAAUGAUCCCCCAAGAUGGAACAUCCAACCAGAUCCCAGAGGAAGGGGGGCGGGAGCAGGCGAUGGCAACCAGUGGAACUACGCCCUGCUGGUCCCCAUGCUGGGACUGGCUGCAUUUCGAUGGAUCUGGACCAGAGAAUCUCAGAGGGAGAUCCAGAAGGUGAAAGCUCAGUAUGACAGAGAUGUGUCUACAAUAAAAAGUGAUAUGGAGGCCCGUUACCGGGAGACUCUUACCGAGAGGCGCAGAGCAGCAGCUACGCUGGAGCUGGAGCUGGAGAAAGAGAGACAGCGGGUCAAAGGGUACAAGCAGGCCCUGGUCUCACAGAGCCAGCAGCUUAUGGAAGAAAGGAAGCAGUUACAGCAGGAGCGAGAGUCCUUAGAGGAAGAGAAGCAAAAGUUGGUGAAAUCAGGAGCUGCAGGUGCUCUGCUGCAUCAAGCUCUGGAAAAAGAGCAGAACUGGUACAACCGAGCCACAGCCACUCUGAAGGAGUUGGAGGGUUUACUUGUGGAGCGGCAGAACGCCUACUGCUCCCUCAUCCAGCCUCGAGAUCAGCGGCUGGAAAUGGAGAAGAACAUGCUGCUUAAGGUCGUUAAAGAUCCCAUUGGGCCAGACCUGGAUCUAGAGACUGACCUGAAGGAUAUUUUUAAGAGAGACAAGCAUUGUGCUGACCUGCUAAACAUGGACAGGAGGAAGAACGGAAGCCUCAUGUGGGUGUACCUCAAGUACUGGCAGCUGCAAAUCACCGUCCAGAAACACAAAAGAGCCGAGGAAGCCAUAUUAGGAGGAAAAAUCCACUCAGACACAAAGUGACAAAUAGGCAACAUUAAGCUGGUGUUUUGGUUUGACUUGAAGAAUGUGGCGAGGGUGUGGUUUAGAAAUGGAAAAUUCUUGUUUUUUUUAUCCCCUCUGUGUAAUAACCUUUACUUGUAGGGAUGUUAUGCAAACACACAGAAGGUCAGUGAGGUCUAACAAGCUGAAUAUCACCAUCUGAAAACUCCACCCUUGAUCACAUUUUGAUGAUGCACUAAUAUCGCUUAUAGCAGUUAACCUCAGCUGCUCAGAUAAGGAUUUAUUUCAUUUAACUGAAGAAAAACAGAAAUAUUAGUAGGAUUAAUCAGGUGAUAUCCAUAUUGGAUACAAAAAUGCAUGGUUUAUUAAAUAGAAGAUGAUAAAACUUUAUAAUUUAGCCCCUAUAAAAAUGUCGAUUUAACGUCCAUAUUUUUGAAUGCCAUGAAUUAUUGUCAGUUAAGAUUAUAUGUCGGAAGAACAAUUUUUUUAUUCCUUAGAUAGGAAUUCAGGGAUGCCAUAACACUCUAUCAAAUCUAUUAUUAUGUUUUUGUAGAUAAUUUAAGUCUGUUGUUGAAGGAGUGAUGUGGGAGAUAUUUAUAAAGACAACUCUGGGACUUUCUGUUUUCAACAACCUCUCUGUUCAUUGAGUUUCCUCCAUUUAAAACAAGCCUGAUCUCAUGAUCGAGCAGAACAGGGAGGAUGUUUCUUAUGACUGGUUUGUGGGUACCUCACUAAUGUCAGUGACGCCGGACUUAACCGACGGUGCAUGUAUGCAAAAUAGUGCUGAAUAAUAUAAUGUGUUGUAAAAAAAAAAAAAGUAAAAUCAAAAAAAGCACAUUUAAUUUGUUACUGUAACACACAUUCACACAUGCAAUGAAAGGAUUUACUGAAUCUGUAGCAUUUGUCUUUGGUUAUCAGGCCUUUCUGUGCUGCCAUGUUUUCAUUUUGACCUUGGUGAUUAAGUGCUGGAUGCUAAACUGACACUUACAACUCUGUGUGGUCAUUUAAAUACAUUUGUUUUUGUUUAGAA